CCGAUAGCGGGCUUUCCAAACUGACAGGUGCCCUGAAAUCGACAAUGUAAAAUUGAAAAUAACAUGACAACACUACAACUAUUCAGAGCUCUUAAUGAUGGAAAUUUAACAUGUGCCCGUCAGCUGCUUGAGGAUGGCGCUGACCCAAACCAUGUGUUGGAGGAAGGAGGUGUGGCGGGCGUGGCCUCCAUGCACAUGGCAGCAGGACUCAGUGCAGAUGCACUCAGGCUAUUGUUAGAAUAUGAUGGAGAUCCAAAUGUUAGAUCUAUCGAGGGUCUGACGCCGCUGCACAUCGCAGCUACAUGGGGAGAGCUGGACAGUGUCAAACUCCUGCUCUUCAACGGAGGAGACCCAAGUCUCAGGGAUCAGGACGGGCUGCGAGCUGUAGAUGUCGGGCGGAGCUACAGCCACAGUGAGGUGGUGUGCUUCCUCGACGGGCUGCGAGCUGUAGAUGUCGGGCGGAGCUACAGCCACAGUGAGGUGGUGUGCUUCCUCCAGUACUACUCCCUGCUGCUGAUCCCAGAAGGGGAGGAGGGGGAGACCGAGCCCAGAUAUACAAGAGAGAGCCUUGAUGCUGGGAGGGACAGCCUGUCCCAGAACACAACACCAGAUGUCCUCAACGUGUCCUUCCAGGAGGACGACUGCUCCCCUGACCAGUCACUGACCACUAUUGCCCGCCGGUCCAGUGUCUACACUACAGCCCUACAGCGGAAACUUGACCACUGUGUCCAGCAUGGAGAACAAGUCUGCAUGGACGUCACUUCCCCCAGGCAUCCAUAUCUAGAAAGGAAGUCCCGAGGUACAGACGGGCAGGAAGUUUCCAAUGGGAAAUGUGAUAGGGACUCAGAGUGGAUUCCUAGGAAACAGACAUGCAUGCAUCAGGAGUCAAAACAGAGAACAUGUAGAGGCCUGUUUCAGGGGGAAGGAGACAGAUGUCGGAACUGUGAUGGAGACAGGCAUGAAGAGUAUUGGAGGAUUUGUGAGGACUGUGGGCAUCAUCGGAGAGGCAGACAUUGUGACCACAACAGCCAUGUAUCUUUCACUGAUAGUGAUCCUGAUUGCUGGGAGGGGGGUCGGGGGGAUGAGGUGAGGGACAGGUUGAGACACUUCCACAAAUCCUGUGUGAGGAUUAGAAAGCCUAUGGAUAAUAGUGGGUGCUUUCAAGAACAUUGCAGCAGGUGUGAACAAACAUUGUCAAGUGACUGUCAUCGUUGCAGCAAAAGUAGCCCAUAUUGUCACAAAGGUUCAAGGCAGGGCAUUAAUUAUUGUGACUAUGGACAUGAAUCCAGAGAUGGUCUCAGUCGGUCAUAUGACCCUGGCCAGUUGAAUCAUGGUUAUUAUGGCUAUGAAGGUUCUACACAGAACACUGUGAAAAAGAUACCAAAGAAGAUACCCAGUGAUCCAGGGUCAGUUGCCCCAAAGUGGACCCUCCUGAAGGACAAACAGGAGACAUCGGCUGAGAAAGUGGGAAGGUGGCAGUCAUCACUGCGCAGUGGCCUGCACAAACCACCUCACAGUGAACUGGGACAGAAGUCUUCUUCAAUAGAUGAUGCACACUCCAGUCCAUCCAGAUUUAUUCAUUCACCAAAGUUGUCAGAAGUGACAAGCCCAAUGUCACCAAAUUCAUCACCUGGUAGGUUCUUUCCCCCCUUGUUUGAUCAUCUGUACAAUGGUGUUUCUCCUGGCGCAGUACAUGAUGUGACAUCAACACAAUCUGAUGACAAUGGAAACAGUAACUCAAGGCAGGAGCACUAUCCCAAAUCUAGUUUGGGUUGUGCAACUCCAACCACUUCUGGAACUGGUUCAAGAAUCUACAGUGGCAAUUCUGGAUCCAGUCAUUAUGCAGCUAGUCCCAGAACUCCAGAAUCCAGAUCCAGUUGCAAGUCGGCUCCACGAAGAUCCAGCAUGUACACCCAGAAUAUCCAGAGGGAGCUUGAGGGGUAUCUGCAGGAGGGCCACCAGGUGUGUUUGGAUGUCACAUCUCCAGGGCAUCCUUUUGUAGACUUCAAGUCAAAAGAGUUGCAUGGAAUUUCAAAAGAAAAAGAACCUGAUGCCUGGAAAGUAUCCUCUCCUGUGGAGAGGGUCUAUCAUGUCAGAUCAAAUGCAGAUGCUUCUCCUGUAGCUCGGGGUAAAAGACUCAGCACAGUCAGUAGUGUGUCAGCGUCUUCUUGUGACACAUUUGUCACAUGUGAAGAUGACACAGAAUUCACCCUUGUUACACCCUUAGAUCCCACUGUUAACAUGGAUAGUCAGUCAUUCUCCAGUGAAAGUUCCAAGGACAGCAUUGUGCUGAAUGUCAGGGCGGCAGUGACUGAUGAAAAUGAGAGUGGUUCCAAGAACAAAUAUGGAAGAAAUAACAGUUUUGGGAUUAGUUGUCGUGUCUAUGAUAAUGAAGACAAAACAGAGUGCAAAGUUGUCGUGACAGAGCAAUCCAAGAGGAGAGACAGUGGUCCAACAAGUCUUCGACUUACUAGUCCAGUGAAACAUGACCGUCAUCCAUCUCAUCCAUCACUAGAUGAUGAACUGGACCUCACUACCGACGUCAGACACAGAAAUGCCUUCAAAACCAUGUUACAGACUGAUAUUCGAAGCUUUAGUCCCAGCAAACACCAUUGGCAGCCCCCAGUUCCUGAUGAAGUUCUUGAUGUCAGUGACCUCAUAACAUCAGAUGAUAGCUUCAAUCACAGGACAGAGAAGAAACAAAAUAAAUCAGACAAUGUUAGUGGUAAUGUAACCAAAUACAGCUCUUGUGUGAAUGAUCUGGAAGGAUCUUCUUCCAAAUGGCUUCCACCAUCAGUUAUGAACAUACUGGAAGAAACAGAUCUGAUUUCAUCAGAUGAAAGUUUCCAAAUUCGUGAAAGGGAGAAGAAAGCCAAAGCUAAUGACAGGAUCACAUCCCUAGUGGAAAAACUGGGAAAAGUUUCUGUGAAUUCUGGGAUGAGAACCUCUCCAGUGAAAUCUGGAAAGAGACUGUCUCCAGUGAAGCCUGGAAACAAACGUGUGUCCAUGGACAGCUUCUGCAGCAAUGCCUCGGUCAGGGAAUAUCUCUACAAGGACAAGGAGAAGGGGAUCACCCUGUUGGAGAGGUAUGUUCCAUCGGAGUGUGAGGAGGGCAGCACUAGGGAGUCCCUGGACAGCACCUGCAGCACCUUCACCAUCAACUCUGAGGACACCGAGAUCUACGACUGGCAGGACUAUCAGUCCGACACAGAUGACGGCAGGAAGGUGACUGGCCAGAAGAUCAACCAACCCAAGACGGAUGGUGAUAUAAAGAAGCCUGCUAUCCCGAGACAUCUGAGUCAGCUCUCUAACCAGCAGAUACGCAAGAAGCUGCAGAGUCUUGGGGAUGAUCCUGGCCCAGUGAUGGCGACAACGCGGCAGACCUAUCUGGUCCGACUUGCUAGCUUGGAAGCUGAUCCUACCAGAACUCACACGAUAAAGCUGACAGUUGAUGGACCAGAGUAUUCCCCUGAACUUCGGGCAGCUCUACAAAACAAUCUUGACUUCAAAGGGGUAGAUGACCUUGAGGACAAGUUGGUUGCCUCCUUCCAAAAUACUCAAGGUCGUAUUUGGCGGGAGGGGACUCUAAAGUCCUCCUUUAACUACCUGUUGCUUGACCCCAGAGUGACCAAGAACCUGCCAUAUAGGGCCAAAACACUAGGAGAAAGUGAAAUAUUCAAGGCCUUCAUCCAUGCCAUCUUCUAUGUUGGGAAGGGCAAGAGGGCGCGGCCAUACUGCCACCUGUAUGAAGCCAUCUCUCACAUGCAGAAGCCCAAACCGAAGGUGAGCUCCAAGGUGCAGCACAUUAUUGAUGUCUGGGAUGAGGGUCUUGGAGUUGUCUCCCUUCACUGCUUCCAAAGUGUUAUUCCUGUGGAGGCAUACACCCGUGAGGCCUGCAUGGUGGAGGCAAUAGGGCUGACCAAACUGACCAACAUGAAGCGAGGGGACUAUUACGGCGUGGCCUCAACUUGGUCACUGAACACAAAGAGAAAGAUGGGGGUCCACCUACUGAAGAAAGCUCUUCAGAUAUUCUUGAGUGAAGGCGAGAGGCAGAUAUGUCCCGUGGAUAUAAAGGCUGGACUGUCAUAAUCUGGGCAUUCAUUAACUCUAUUUCAACACACAGCAGUGUUCUGGGUCAUGGAUCCUAGGACCUCAUGCAUGCGGGGGAGUGAGUGACUGUGGACAGUAUUGGACUGAUGACAAUCAAGGACAACCAACCCUCAUCUGUCACAUGUCAUGCUCUGAUGAGUGUUGCUCAUCUUAUCAACCAUGGGUUUGCCUGGUUUAGACUGAAACUGUGUAGGCUGCAGUGAGACAGCAGGAACACUGCUGACUACAUGUUGCAUCCCAGUCAGUCAGUAUCCAAAUAUCUACUGUUGGGGUGUUUCUGAAGGGAGGACAUUUUGCUAAAGCUGUGAGUUGGAAGUGAUGUUUUUGAUAUGCUGAACUUCCUAGCAUGUUGUUUACCAUUAAUCUAGCUAUCUGAUUGACCAGUCACUGUCUUGUCAAGAUCCAUACAACUGUUUGGCUGGCAUGGAAUACCAUUAUGAUUGUUGCAACAUCACUUAUACGCAAUGUCACUAUUGAUUCAUUCAAGUGUCAAAAUGAGGGUGUCAGAAAGUAAUUGAAUGAAUGCUAUACAAUAAUAAUAAGAAUAGUGAGGCUAUUCGCCCGUUGCCGUAUCUGUGUUCAUGUCAUGGGGUUUAAUUUUGUUUGUCUCCCAUUUCGUUGUCAGUUCAACACUCAUAAGCACCUGACUCAUAGAACCAAAUUAGUACUUUUUUUAUGUAACCACGUGCUGACCGUGUGUUGACAGUGUGCCAUGCAUUGCCUUGCCUUGCUUGUACGGAGAUACCAAACUGCCUGUAAAUGGUCUUCAAUAACUACCGGAUAUUUCUUCGUCUUCUUUUCAGAGGGGAAUUCUUCUGAUUUGUGGGCACAAGUGGCACAGGUGCCCAGUCGUCUAACAUACCAUAAUUGUUGGUGACCCUUUGUCCAUAUAGUCAGGGCAGAAUCCCAUGAUCUUGGUGUGGAAUCCAAGGUUCACCUUGAUCUGACUCUUGGUAUGUCCUAUACUUAUGAGGAACAUUUUACCCACAGAACUUAAGGACUAGGACUUUUGCAAAUCUGUGUUAGCGUGAAGGACAAUCCUUCUUAUAGACCCCCUUAAAACACCCCCACCCUCCUACCCUACCCCCCUUUUGGAACAGUGUCUGUAAGAUGCAACCUCUUUACAUAUCUGGGAAAGAACCUCCACCACUCAUAUCAUUAUGACCACUUGGUUAUUCAGGAUAACUAUGCCCUGUAGACAGUUCAACAUGGAGAAAACCGGUGAUAAUUUAUCUUGCAUGUAGGAUCAUGAUGAUUUUACAAGUUAGAGACAAACCUCGUCUUGAACGCACCAAUAUCUGGAACCUAUGCUCCAGUCCUGACCGCCUUACGAUAUAAUGUUAUUCCUCUUUAUCUAAAAUGUCUGAAUAUCUCAUAGUUACAACACAGUCCAGCUAUGUUCUCGAUAAUGGUGUUCGAUUGUAGUUUUUAACAGCUGAUUUUCUAAUUUAUGAAGGACAAUCACCAUGUUAGUUUGUCAUUCUGUUUUCUAAGGUAUCUUGUAAUGGGGAUGUAUAUUGUUAAUAUAUGAAAACCUUGUUAUUGUAACCCAGAAAAUAUUGAUGACUUUUCUUGUUGAUAUCUUGGACACCUUUGUGUCACCUUCUUGAAUGUAUGACUUGCUUCAGUCAAAGUCAAGGCUUUAUUUGCCAUGAGUUGGAUGAAGAGUCGUGUGACUUGACAUCUGACAUGAUGAUAUGGAGGGCCUGGCAAGAGCCUGGUUCAUGUAGGGUAGAUAUACUGUUGUGUUAUACUUAUGCUUCGUGUUGACAUGUCUCUAUUCCUGGUGACUUUGAGAUUGACAGUCUUCAACGGUGCUUCAACUUGUUACAUGUUGGAACUUGCUUCCCUGCUAAAGUGCAAGUGUAGAUUUCUGUGAGCUAGAACUGCUUCCUGUAAUGAUUUACUGUCCCCAGCUCCAUGUAACUUAACAUCCUAGAGCUACAACUGUCUUAACUCAUUCCAUUUACACAGAUGUUCACUUGUCUGCAUUCAUCGUGUUAACUUAUUCUAUGAUAGGUAAUUUUCAAAACACUUCACAGUAAAAAUACUUAAAUAUUUCACAAAAGCAGAGAUAAAAAGACGUAAUAAAAAUCUCUUUUUCAAUCAAAUUAAUAUUUUUGCAACAUUAGGGUAGAUUGCAUUUAAAAUAAGCGCAAGAAUAGUUGGGUCUGAUGAAGUAUAAGGGAUCUUUUACAACAACAACAAAACAACAACUUUGAACAAGGUGUAAACAUACCUCUACCUAUUCUUUUAGUUUGAUGGAAGCUCAAGAAAAAGAAUGUAACCGUUUGGGAAGUUAGUGACUGGCUCUAUACUGCAGAAUUUUAAGUGUUAUUACAGGAUAUGGAUGGGUUGUAAGAUGAACGCUUGUAUAUGCAUGCCAGUUGUCUUGUUUUAUAAUAUGGUUGAAUAAUUCAACUUUAAUCACAUUGACAUUUCAACCACCAUCCUUGAGUAUCCAGUGUAUUAUGUUAAAUACCCGCUGACCCAUUCACUACCAUAGCUUCGUUUCGUCACCAUCACCAUCACCAUCAUGUCAUCUCAUCUCUCUUAUCACAAAUUCUGCACAGAAUUUCUCUCUCAUGAGCUUGAAACCAUCAACCAAUGAAAAUGAGAGUUCUGUAUUGAUCUACAUUUACAUAUGUGGCAUGGUAUGUGCUAGCACUCGAUAAAUUUUAUUUAACCAGAAGACUGUAGUUAAUGAACUUUUAAAUAGAAACAAUGUUUUCCAAUGGGAGGGAUGUCGAGUGUUGGUGAUAUUGCUGUAUUAGCUGAUGCCACAGUUAUUUUAAGUGUCAUGUCAUUCAAACCACACUCAAAAUAAAACUAUUGGGGCAAAUGGGUUCAGUGUAUUUAUGAUAACAAUGAAUAUUAAUACACUGAAUUCUAAAUAUUUGUAUUUUGAAUGGAAAUCCAAACAGGUUCUUCAGGUUAUAGUAAUUUUUUAUUUCUUGACUAGACACUGCUAGAACACCCACAUACAUUACCAUUAAAAUUUAAGAAAUGGAGAGAUGAAAAACUGUGACUGUAUAUUACUAUUUCAAGGCAUGGAAAACAUAGGGAGGCAAAUCACAUAUUUACUUUCUGUUUCAGAUUAUUCAUUUUCAUCAGUCUAAUCAGCAUUAUGUUUUGUUUGUUUUAUUGUUGUUAGAUUUUGUUAAUGUAUUGUUUAUAAAUUUUGUUAAUGAUGACUUCUGUCUAAACUGUUAAUGGCAAGUGAAUAAACCACAUAAUACCAUGUACACUCCAGUGUGUGUGUGUGUGCUACCAAUUCAGCACCGGUCUACACACAGUUGAUCAUGGAUGAUCUGUGUUCUUUGAUUUAAAUCAUAAACAUAUUUACAGACACACUUUGAAAACAGAAUUUUCUCUUUUCCCCCUAGGUAUCCAGGAAGUACUUCUCAAGUUAUUAUCCCUACCGCAAUGAAUUUGGUGACAGUCAUAUCUAAAUACUUAGGUCAAAAUUCAAAGUUAGUCGUCUAGAUAUUUUCACUUACGUUCACUUGUGGAACUUUUAAACACAAAUUAUAAAGAAAGUUACCUGAAGAAAAAUGUGGUUUAAGGCUGACUCUUUUCAUAUGUUUGUAGAUGGAUUGAUGAAUUAUGCUCAAAAGACUUAUUUUCAUUAGGUUUUGACAAAACAAGACCUAAUAAGCUAACAAUAAUGAGCAUGACACAAUGAAUUUAUCCUAGACUGUUAAGUCAAUAUGUGUGUCAUCCACAUGCAAGUAUUUUCUAACAAAUCUGUCAAAAGUAUUUGCAUGCAUCAUUUCAUUUACAAGUAUAAUUGGAUUGCUUCUCUCUUGAUGGUGUGUACUGUAUUUUGCUCAAUGCUAUAUCUAUAUUUUGGUAAUAAAUAUUUUUGGAGAACUAAUUUUGUCAUAUUUUUGCUUCAACAUAUGCAUGAUAUUGUACAUUUGAUCACAUUUGAGUUAUUCAGUAGAAGGUGACAAAUUUACACCUGUGUUGGAAACUGAUGGAAAAUGUACCUAGUCUUAAGAUGGAUAAAUGACAAAAUGAGUCUAUGUUCUAUGUUGAACACAAAAUAUUUUUCAAUUUUCUGAACUUCCCCCAAAAUUUGUAUCAUCAAACCUAUAUUUAAAUAUUUUAUAUAUUUAAAGAGAAAUGAGCAAAAGAAAGCAGAUCUAUGCAUACAGCAACUAAAAGUCUAUACUUUAAAAUUCAGAUUUUUUAGGUAAAGCCACACCAAUUUACUGUACUUUUCAUUACAUGUUUCACAAAUCAGCCUGUUACUUUUUAGCCAUUUCCCAAAAAUGAAUUUUAAAAAUCCAUUAAAAUGUUUUGUCAAAUAACCUCUCAUCUCGACAUUUACAGUUACAGUUAUGAGUUACCUUGUUCUCUCCCACCACAGGACCAUGUAACUUGUAAUAAUGGUAAUAAUAAAAACC